UUUGUUCCAUUUACGUCCUUUCGGAGUCCAAGACUAUGUAGGACGGCUUUGCCAUAAAGGCAAAGCAGUAGAUCUAGUUACAAUCAGAUUUUUCGGUAUUCUUUGACCUUAGGGGAAACCCCGUGCCUAAGGCAAAAUGCCAAAGGACUUUAAAAGCAGCGCAAGACAAAGGAAAUCAAACGAGUGUCGUUGUCUGCAGCCGGGGCUGCAGAAUUUUCGCGCCAAGCUUUUUGCAGAAUUUUCAGCGGAUCCUUCCGCUUCGCACACACACACACGCUGCGAAUUCGAAAGAGAUGCAGCGCAAGAAGCAGCUGUCCAACUCGCUGCCUUCUCUUGUCCUCAAUAUGCCUUUGUAUCGCAGAGUUGUGGAUUCCAC